CCUGCAGGACCUCGUCCGGGACGUCCAGGGCGCCGUGUCGCCCGGCGGCAUGCUGUUCCCCCGGGAGUCCGAGUCCAGGGACGUCCGCACCCUGGACGGCGUCUGGAACUUCCGGCUGUGCCCCGAGGAGGACCCCGAGCAGGGCAGCAGGGAGCGCUGGUUCCACCAGGACCUCACCCAGACGGGCGAGGUGAUCCCCAUGCCGGUGCCCGCCUCCUACAACGACCUGACCACGGAGCGGUACGUGCGCGACCACGUGGGCGUGGCGUACUACGACCGGACCUUCUUCGUGCCCGCCAACUGGGACGCCGGCUCGUCCCGGGUGUGGAUGCGCUUCGGCAGCGUGCACUACGCCGCCAAGGUGUGGAUCAACGGGCACCUGGUGAUGAUGCACGAGAUCGGGCACCUGCCCUUCGAGAAGGAGAUCACGUCCAAGCUCCGCUUCGGCGCCAAGAACCGCGUGACCGUGGAGGUGGACAACACGCUCUACCAGCAGUCCGUGCCCCAGGGCAGGCUCGUCGAGAUAAACACGGACAUGGGCUUGAAGACGAUCCAGUCCUACACGUUCGACUUCUUCAACUACGCGGGCAUCCACCGGCCGGUGUACCUGUACACGACGCCGCACACCUACCUGGACGACAUCACCAUCACCACGGACGUGGAUGGCGCCACGGGCUACAUCAACUACCAGCUGGCGCUGGGCGGAGUCACGUCCAGGGAGACGCCGCGCAUCCAGAUCGACGUCCUGGACGCCGACGGCAACUACGUGUACAGCCACACGGACCAUGACGGCCUCAAGGGGCGCAUCGAGGUGCCCGACGCGCGGCUGUGGUGGCCCUACCUCAUGGACCCGGACCCGGGCUACCUCUACACCUUCCAGGUGCGCGUGACGGGCCACAUCUGGGGCCACGACGACGUGUACCGGCAGCCCGUGGGCAUCCGCACCAUCGAGUGGACCAACUCCACGGUGCUCAUCAACGGCAAGCCCAUCUACAUCCGCGGCUUCGGCAAGCACGAGGACGCCAACAUCCGCGGCAAGGGCCUGGACUACCCGACGCUGGUGAGGGACUUCAACCUGCUCAAGUGGGUGGGCGCCAACGCGUUCCGCACCUCGCACUACCCCUACGCCGAGGAGAUCAUGGACUUCGCGGACCGGACCGGCAUCAUGGUCAUCGACGAGUGCCCCAGCGUGGACACCGAGAACUACUCGCCCACGCUGCUGCAGAAGCACAAGGACUCUCUGGGCGAGCUCAUCCGCAGGGACAAGAACAGGCCCAGCGUCAUCAUGUGGUCCAUCGCCAACGAGCCCCGCACCCAGCUCGCCGACGCGGACAACUACUUCAAGAACGUGGCGACCUACGUGCGGCAGCUGGACAAGACGCGGCCCGUGACGGCCGCCCUGGCGCGCCAGUUCUACGAGGACCGCGUGGCGCAGCACCUGGACGUGGUGGGUGUGAACCGCUACUACGGCUGGUACUCGUACCCGGGCCGCAUCGAGACCAUCCGGACGUCCACGGAGAACGACAUGGCCAACUGGCGGCACAAGUACGCCAAGCCCUUCAUCAUGAUGGAGUACGGCGCGGACACGUACGGCGGCCUCCACACGCUGCCCGAGUACGUGUGGUCCGAGGAGUACCAGACGUCGCUCAUGUCGGAGAGCUUCAAGGGCUUCGACAACCUCCGCAAGAAGGGCUGGUUCAUCGGCGAGAUGAUCUGGAACUUCGCGGACUUCAUGACGGCGCAGACCGUGACUCGCGUGGGCGGCAACAAGAAGGGCAUCUUCACGAGGGACCGGCAGCCCAAGUCCGCCGCGCACCACGUCCGCCGGCGGUACUUCGCGCUGGCGCAGGAGCUGGACGGCUACACCCUGCCCGAGGACCUGGCGCCCUACGUGUACACCCCCGUGGGCAACGGCACCGCCAUGUUCUGAACCCUCUGAACCCCCUCAACGCGCCAAUACCCCGCGCUCAAGCGAUUCAAAGUCGCUCGGCCGCGGAGUCUCGCCGGCCCUCUCCUGUUUUCCUUUUUUGGCGGGUGAUUGAAGAGGCCAGAAGUGAACUGGAACAGCUUGGCCGACUCGGCAGUCCUGAUCUCCCAGCUGGUCCGACUGCGUUCUGCGCGCCGCUUUUCAACCCAGCUCGGCGAUUCUGCAGCCGUGCGGUUUUGCCAGUGGUGCGGCCUCGCACCUGCCAAUACUCCCCGCGCCAUCACGCGGUGUAGCGCCGACUGGCGUCCCUCACGGGCCUUCCCCCCGUGAGAACAUUUGCUCAAAACCAAGAAGCUCAAGAAAAGACAGACGCGAGCUUAUUUGCGCAUUUCAAACUUCCCUGCCUGGUGACGCUGCUUUCUAGAUCCAUGGCUAACUUACGGACGGCAGCUCAAAGACUUUAUUGUGAAAUCCAAUUAAUUUAUUUCUAGGAUAAAAUGUUGUCACUAAUUACUUGUUCUAAUAGUGUAAAAACUGUGUAAAUAUCUGCUUUAGGAGUUAUCCUUUUUUCAUGAUAGAUCAAAAGUGUAUUUAUAAUUACAAAAGUGAGAUGAUUUUUCCAACACUUGCUUG